AUGGAGCUGCUCGGUCAGGUCUUCGGUCGCACUCCAGCGGAGCCCCCGCAGGAGACGAAAAAGGCGCUCUCCGAGGUCACCGAUCAGGUCCUUGAGACCUAUCUUGGGAAGACCUGGAGGAGAAGAGCCUUUAAGCAUCUGACCUUCCGAAGCGAGGUCUUUGACUUGACGUCGAUCGAGGGCCUGCUCCGAUGUCGCGUGGAUCUGACAUUCCUAGAGAGCCUGGAUGUCAGCGAAAACUCGCUGACAGAGUUAGCCUGCAUCUCCGGGGAGAGCCUGCGGUUGAAGAAGGAGAAGAUCCCUCAGGGCUUGAUGUUCUUCAGCAACCUUCAGGUCUUGAAAGUUCGAAAGAACUUGUUGUCAAACUUCAGCGCGCGACUUCCAAACCUCAGGGAGCUGGAUCUUGGUUACAACAAGCUGCAGGCAGUGCCGGCGAUCUAUCUGACACCGAAGCUGGAGGUGCUACUCUUGUGUCACAACCAGAUUAAGGGGACUCUCUUGGAGCUGAAAAGCUGUGAGGCGCUAAAGCGGAUUGAUUUGUCGAACAACGCGUUCGACUUCAACGCCUCGACCUUGCAAAAAGAGAUCCAGAACAUGGCACACUUGCCCAGCCUGAUCCUCAAGCUCAAGGACAACCCCUUUGCAGCCACGUUUCCGACGUACCAGGUGCUCACACUCCAACAGCUUCCUCAGCUGAGGAAGCUGGACGACAUCUCCGACAUGAGUACAGCAAGACAGGCUGCGAGCCAGGUGAACUUGAACCUCAAGAAGUUGGAUGAGUUCGCCUUCCGCAAUCAGGAUGGCAAGGCGGCAGACGUUUUCAUCAGAAACACGCAGGCCACCGCCGCUGUCUUCCGUGCUGCCAACAAGAAGACCGUAUUUGCAGAGAUCUCCGGGUUUAUCGUCCGGGCCCUGCAAGACCCAGACUCAGUGCAGAUCGCCAUCGCCGGGUUGACGCGGCUCACGCACACCAUCUCGCAGGGCUUGCCCGAAGAUAUGGCGAACCUGCGAGAAGAGCUUCACCAGGGCAGUGUCAAAGCACCGGAGAAGAUUCAGACCCUAAUGGGUGACUUCGAAGUCCUUGCGGGCCGCAUCGCAGGUCCGAACCAGAAGAUCCUACUGCUGCGUGCCGUUGCAAAGCUCUCGGUCGUGGACGUGGAGGGACUUGGUGAGCAGUGCAUGAAGCUAUUAAGGAAGCUCGCGGAGUUGAAUCCGAGCCUCGAAGAGCGAGUGAUGCAAAUGCUUCAGGAGAUGAUCAUCUACCCCAUCAAGAACUACCACCAAGAGAAGCAUCGGCGGGAAAGCCAAGAGCGAGUGGGAUCCUUCCUGCGCAUCCUGGCCCACUUCGAUAGCCCUCAGAUGGGAGCCGCAUUGCAGCCGAUAUCUGCCGAACUGGUCGAGAUGUAUUGCAAGGCGAGCAGGGACCCUGGGGCCGCGCGAUUGACCACACACGGCGGGGCACAUCAAGCAGCGGAGUCGAAAGAGGAGCUCGAGAACCGAGCUGUGGUGCAGCUCAUGGAGCGCUGGUCCUCGCACACGGAGAACCUCAAGCAAAAGGAGAUUACUUCCGGCACAGGCAUCGCGCACAUCGUGGCGAAACUGUCCUCGAUACUGGACGCUGAAGCAGCCAGGCAGCCCCAUGACACCGACCACAAGGUCCAUGUCGAAACCAUGGCUCACCUGGGCCUUGCCCUGAACCUUCUCACCAGCAACGUGCAGGAAGUGGAGAAGGUUUUCAGAAACAGCAGCCACAACAACAAGUCGAUCCACCAUCGCGCCAUGCAGAAGGUGGUGAUCAUGUUCGGCUUAUCCAAGAACAAGGUGGAGCAAAACACCAGCAUCAAAAUGGAGCACAUCACGACAGAGGGCGAGAUCAUGAUUGCGAAACUGUUCGACGUCCUCGGAGCCUUUUUGGCCCUGAACGAUGAUUCCCGCACCUUCGAGCAGGACAUCCUCGAAGGGCCCACGCAACUGGGCAAGUUCAUCACGGCCAUCAUCAAGGAUGAGCCAAUCACCAAGCCCUUCCUGCUGUGCGGUGCGCUCCGCAUGGCUCGGAGCAUCCUCGCGACCUAUCAAGAGGUCAAGGAGCCUCCCGAUCGGCUACAGCAGGCCGAGGCUGUCACGAAGCAGAUCAUCGCUGCCCUCUCAGAGAUGAGACCGAUGAUGAGGCUCCUCUCGAUGAACGGGGCCUACUUCGAAUCUCUUUGGAAGGCUUGCACGCACCAGCGUCACAGCACUUUCGAGGGACUCCCGAAGCCUCGGACCUUGGAGCAGCCCUUGGUCUUGCAGAUCUUCGAGGCCAUCAUCCGUCUGGUUUCUUUCUUCAGCCUGAGCAAGGUUGACGGCCCUCUGUAUGCCGAAGUGAAGAAGGUGGUAAGCCACCAGCGUGAAGAGCUGAUGUUCCAGAUGCUCACGGUACCCGACAGCAAGGUGAAGAUAGCAGCCCUAGAGUGCGUUGGCACUGCCAACGUGGCCGACACAUCCACUUCUGAGGUGGAGACGCUGAUUGGCUUCCUCGAUGUCAAGGGCGAGGAGCUGCAAAGCUCUUUCACAUACCUGCAGAAGAUCGUGGUACAGCUUCUGAAGAUGCUUUCGGCCAAAAGCGGCCAGGGAGCACUGGCUCUCCGGACAACGCAAGCCAAAGCCUGCAAGGAAGGCGUCCUGUCCAUCCUUAUCAGGACGGCGCGGUAUUGUCCAACCAACAACGAGGUCUCGAAAAGCCGGACGGCGCUCUUGCAGGCCAUCCUGCAUUUCCUGCUCGUGGCUGGAACUAUCCAAGAGUGGCAACAUCAGCUGCGUACAAAGAUUGCAACUGUCGCGCUCGUCACCGCACUGCAGUCUGAGGACAGCCAAGACCUGCCCAUCCCCGACAUCUCCAUCGAGCGGACCUGGUCCGGGCGAUCAGUGGAGGCUUUGCUGAUGACACUCAGCGGCCCGGAUCGCCUUCGCCCACGUGGGAAGGUGGCGCUCCGCGUCAUCAGCCGCAUCGCCGACAUCCUCCAGGGAGAAGUUGAGGCUCCAAAACAGGAUGAGAGAAGCGGUGAGGUUGACGUCGCACCGCCUCCAGACUACUUGACCGAAACCCUCGCGAAAGCCGAAGCGGGACUCUGGCAAGAGGACGACAUGAAGAGACGACAAGGAGAAAUGGGAGACGUUGAGCGAGAAGACUGCCGGGUGCAGCAAGAGAUCUUUACAUCUGCCAAUGGGCUCGAAAGAGUGGAUCUGUUCCUUGCGUUCUUACUGAAUGAGCGACAGCAGACGGAGUGCAAGCAGCGCGAGACUGCUUUGCUGCAGUCUGCAGGCAGUUUCCUGGAGAAGGCCAAAGUGAGUGCCACGCAGCAAGGCGAAGAUGGAAUGAGCGUCGCGGCUUCGGAUUCGGAGGAUGACUUCGACGAUACCUCGGAGGAGCCGAUUAUCGACAUGCCGGGACGGGAUUUCUCAGGACAGCACGGCUUUGGUUCUCAUGAGGACUUGCGGCAGAACUUUGCCGGGAAGCUGAAGCCGGUCUUCAGCAUCCUCUUCACUGCCAGGUGGUACUCGUUCCACAACUGGAGCUCCAUUGUCGAUUUUGGCGAUGGUCCGGGUCAGGAGAACAUCAUCAUCUGCAAUCAGGGCAGGUCGAACAGCUUGAUCUUCCAAGUCUACAGGCGAGGGGUGCUACAUCAGGCAUGCGUGCCGGCAAUCCUCAAGUUGAACGAGGAAUGCACGUACCUGUGUACCGUCUCUGAGGAAGGCAACAUGCGAAUCUACGGCAAUGGCGAAGUUCUAGGCUCUUGUCGCAACUUGCCUGUCGGAGACGCCGCCACGGUCAGGAAGUACAUGUAUGUCGGCAAAUCCUGCUGGCCAGACAGAGAGCCUUUCCAUGGCCAGAUCAAAGAGCUAAAGAUCUGGAGCGGACACGUUGUGGACUGGGAGGACGUGGUGCAGGACUUUGGCAACGAGGAGGACACUGGCGUUUUCGACCGAAAGUUGAUCAUGAAGGAGCUAUUCACGCUUCCUUCGGCUCCACCGCAAGCGCCAAAAGUGUAUGGGGCCAUUAAUUUCUUGGCGCCACGCCUCUCCGUCGAGGAGACCGCCAAUCGAAAUGGUGAGUUGGACGAGGGUUUCAUCGUUGCGGCGGCCCUGAGAUGCGCGUACGCUUUGCUUCAGGCCCCGUCCUCUCCAAAGGCGGAGUUCGAGAUGGUGAACUGCUUGCUGGACAGCACCCUCGUCAGUCGACUGCUGACCCGGGUCAGGAACUGCGGGCCAUUCAAUUGCGCUUGCGGCUUGAAGAUAUUGCAGCUGAUGGGUGCGGUGCUUGACCGGCGCCGUGACACUCCUGGAGUUGACAUGCUGGUCACCUGCGAUCUGAUCAUGGGCUACGCCUGCGAGGUCGUCGGCGAAGCCGUCUUGGCGCUGCAGGAGGAAAACAGCAGAAACCACGAGCUGGGGCGCCACCUGUGCGUCCAGAUCGCGGAAGUCUGCUCUGUUAUCUGCACCACGCUGCCUUACCUGAAGUUCCCAGAAGACGACAAACAGGGUCAGAAGAAGUUCCUCGAGUGCUGCUACGAUCGGUUGGUUCCAUCUUCCUUGAUCCCGUCCUUGGUCCGAAUGGCGCUCUACGCAGACGAAACGCCGAGUUCAAGGAAGAUGGUCGAGAAUACGAGGACCAUCCUCGUGAAGCUUAUGGAGCGGUGUCCCAUGCGCAAACGCGACACCUUCGAGACUCUCUGCUCCCUUCUACUCUCUGGGACCGUCAACAAUGGCGUCGUUUGGAUGAACGAGCUGCACGAAGCCAUCAAAAUGAGUGCGGACGAGUUGAAGAAGCAGGAGAUCGCGGAGGCGAAGGCCUACGGCGCGCAGAAGCUGAAAUUCGAAGAUGGCCAACCUGAGAGAGCGCUGGGUACCUACAACGUCGAGGUGCUGAUGAAUGGCAUCCGCCUUGAGGUGUCCGACCCCAAACACCACACUCCUUGCUUGAACUUGGUGGUCACGAACAAGGCCAUCUAUGUCGUGGACCCUACAGUGGCAGGCUACCCGACCGAGAACACAGGAAAGAUCCAGGACUGCGAGUGGCUGAAGGCUGACCUGAUUCGCCUCACGCGAGGCUUCCUUCCCCAGGUCAUGUUCCUUGGGUUCAAGUCCAAUGCGCCACCGGAAGAAGGCGACAAGGGUGAGACCAUCGUCCCCAUCAUCUUCCACCGCCACAAUGCGCGAGAAAGCGCCUUGAGCAAGCUGUCUGACCUAAAGCAGCUUCCCAUUGACGAUGACAAGAUGACGGAAGAGGCCCUCCUGCGAGCAAUGGGCAGCGAAUUCACUGCCGCCACGCACGCGCCGGCCGAGCCCUCCCUCCUGGACACGGUGCUGCUGCGCCACGGAGCCUUGAAGCUCUAUACCCUGUCGGAGGAUGCAGUGCAUGACUUCCACGUGGACUACAGCAAGUGGCGCCCACAGAUCGCCGAGCUCGAGAACGGUCAGGAUCCCUCCAAGCCUCUCCAGACGGAUGUGAAGAUGCUGCGUGACAUCACCGACAGGGAGACAACGAAGGAGCUAUGGGACGAGGCGAAACAAGGCCUACUGACUCGAGCCGGAGAGGUGCGACCUCUGGCACAGCUGGACACUGUGGCAUUCUUCCCGGACACCCGGCCGCGGGUAGAGAUGAAGUUCACGGACCUGGAAGGCAUCAACAUCACCUUCUACGAUGAGCUGAGCAAAGAGAACUGGAGACAGAGCGUCAUGGCGAAACUCCAGCAGGAAGAUGACGGCAAGGGAGGUGGUCAGUGGUCGAGAACCGCGAACGGCACAAAG